AUGACGGCCGCCCCCCCGAGAUCACCCCCCCCUCGCCCGUGCACAACACCGCUUUCGGCGCUUGCCCACCAGCCAUGCCAUGCCAAUGCCUCGCGUCACAAACACCCAAAGACGGUCCUCGUCGAGACGCCGCCGCGCACGGAAGCCGUGUACCUCAUCGGCGCCAGAUACAAGACAGCCCGGCGGGUCCACUCCAGAGCGCAGUCUCCGCAGCUCGCCGCGACGGUGUGCGUCGCCGAGCCCGCGUACAGGGUGUACGUGGGGUCGGGCACCGCGGCAGCCAGGGUGGUGGUGCUGGUGCAGGUCGGCUGCGCGAGGUGCGCGGGCGUGGCGGUUCCCGCGUCGGUCGGGGGCUGCCAGAAGCGCGGUCCGCGUGGCGAGGUGCUCGACGGCGAGGCGGCGCUGGCGGCGGAGGGGAGGAGGAGGAGGAGGGGGAGGAGGAGCAUUCCGAGACGGUGA